AUGAGUUGUGAGCAACGUGGUGGUGUCUUUGCUCCUGCUCGAGCUCGCAUGUUUACACAGAACAUGAAUGCUUGUAAUCUUCUUGAUCUUGGAUCCUCAGGUUUUGGCUUUACUUGGACGCGAUGUAACCAGGGCCACCCGUUACUUCAAAAGCGGUUGGAUAGGGGGUUUGAAAACCUUGCUUGGCGCGCUCAUUUUCCGGAAUGGACUGUGGAGGUUCUCCGUCGGUAUCAUUCGGACCACAGUCCAAUUCUCUUGAGAUGCGGGAAAAAGCCAGAGAACUUGGGCCUUCGUCCUUUUAGGUUUGAGGCGGCAUGGGUUGACCACCCCUUGUAUAAUUCUAUUGUCCAGACCGCGUGGGGAAGAAGGGAGUUUGGCGUGGUGCAGAAUUUGCAGGACGUGAGGGAUGACUCCUUGGAGUUUAACCGGCGUAUUUUUUGCAAUAUCUUUAGUAGAAAGCGGCACAUUGAACAGAGAAUCACUUAUCUUCAACAGCGUCUGGAGCUUGUGGAUUCUUUCGUCUUACUCUCUCAGCUUCAACAGGCUAGGGAGGAGCUGGAUAGUAUUUUUCUUAAGGUUCUCGCUCAAGUCCCUGCGGAGAUAAAGUCUAACUUUAUCGAGUUUCCGUAA